AUGGUACUAGGUGGUUUAUCCGUCGACGGGUAUUGCGCAGAAACAAAUCAAGUCUUCGAAAUGAUGGGGUGUUUCUACCACGGCUGCACAAAUUGUUUUAAAAACGAUCGUGAUAAACCAGUAUAUAAUAACAGCGACGAGACCAUGAAUCUAAGAUAUGAAAAUACCCGUUCGAAGAUCGAUCAUUUAAAUCAACUAGGUUACGAGGUCAUAGUGAAAUGGGAAUGCGAAUUUAAUCAAGAGAAAAACUCCGAUAUGACUCUGUACAUAUCUGACCAUCCGCUAAUCAAUUUUGCCCCUUUAAAUGCGAGAGAUAGUUUUUACGGAGGUCGCACAGGAAACAUCAAGUCUUACUACCAAGUGAAAGAAGGGGAAAAAAUAAAAUAUAUUGAUAUCUGCUCAUUGUACCCCUGGGUUUGUAAGUAUGGAAAAUUUCCGCUAGGACACCCCAAAGUUUUACUCUCGAAUGACUUGAUCGAUCUAGAUGUUACCAAAGUAGACGGCAUCGUUAAAUGUAAGGUAUUACCUCCGCAAAAUUUAUUUCACCCGGUACUUCCAAUAAAACUAAAUAAUAAAUUAAUGUUCCCUCUGUGUUUCUCUUGCGCCAAGAGCUUUAAUCAGGGGGAAUGUUGUCACAACACAGAGGAGAGAGCCAUUGUGGGAACUUGGGUCAUUGACGAACUUGUUAAAGCUUUAGAAAAGGGGUAUGAAGUUCUACAAAUCUACGAAGUUUGGGAUUAUAAAACCGAACAAUAUGAUGGGAAGACAGGGGGAUUAUUUACAGAAAUGAUGAAUAAAUUUAUCAAAAUUAAACAGGAAGCGAGUGGAUGGCCCUCGAACUGUAAAACUUUCGAACAGAAAAUUGCAUAUAUUGCUCAAUUUUUUGAAAAAGAAGGAAUUCAUUUGGAUUUUGAUAGUAUUGUAACUAACCCAGGUCUGCGCUCAUUGGCAAAACUUAUUUUAAAUUCAUUUUUUGGUAAAUUUGGGCAACGGGAAAAUCAACCGAAGACAAAAAUUGUUAAGCAGUCGACCGAACUGUAUUCACUACUAUUUGAUCCAGCAAUUGAAGUUGUUGGAAUUUUACCAAUAAACGAGGAAACAUUGGUAGUCAAUUAUCAAUACAAAGAGGAAUCAUAUACUCCUUUAAGUACAGUUAAUGUUUCAAUUGCGGCGUACGUCACAGCACAAGCACGUUUAAAAUUGUACUCCUACUUGGAUCAAUUAGGGGAAAGGGUUUUGUAUUUUGAUACCGAUAGUGUUAUUUAUAUUUCACGAGAAGGCGAAUAUGAGCCCGAAACAGGCGACUGCCUUGGUGACAUGACCAAUGAGCUGGAGUGUUACGGACCAGGAAGCUACAUCACCGAAUUUGCGUCGGGUGGUCCAAAAAAUUAUGGAUUUGUGGUCUACUCUCCUACUCAAGAUAAAUGUUUUCAAUCGUGUAAGGUAAAAGGCAUAUCAAUUAAUCAUGAAGUAUCAAAAUUGGUAAACUUCGACACGAUGAAAAACAUGAUAAUUAACGAAGAGCCGCCUCAGAAAAUAUUGUAUAAGAAUUUUGAAAGAACCGCAGAACAUCAGGUUUUAACUGUCCAAAGAGAGAAAAUAUUCCGACCGAAUCUAUUGAAAAGGUGUUUCAGCAGUUACGAAUCGUAUCCCUAUGGAUAUAAAAAAUUUAAAACGGAAGAAGAUGAAGACAAUAGGAAUCGCGGGUCAUCAUUUCCCGAAGCAUCUAUAUAUCUCCAACUCCAACAAGAGCAAUGA